AUGUCCACUCGCUACCACCAAGCUGCUAGUGAUAGCUACUUAGAACUUUUGAAAGAGGCUACCAAGAGAGAUCUGAAUCUUUCUGAUGAAGAUGGCAUGACUCCCACACUCCUGGCAGCUUACCAUGGGAAUUUGGAAGCCCUAGAAAUAAUCUGCAGCAGAGGAGGGGACCCUAAUAGAUGUGACAUCUGGGGAAAUACUCCCUUGCAUUAUGCAGCCUCCAAUGGUCAUACCCACUGUGUUUCAUUCCUGGUCAACUUUGGUGCCAACAUCUUUGCCCUGGACAACAACUUACAGUCUCCACUGGAUGCUGCUGCUAGCAGAGAGCAGAAUGAAUGUGUUGCUCUCCUGGAUAAGGCUGCCACUGCCCAGAACAUCAUGAGCCCCAAGAAAGUUACCAGGCUGAAGGAGCAGGCUCAGAAGAAUGCCAGGAGGCAGAUCAAAGAGUGCGAGAGGCUCCAAGAGAAGCACCAACAUAAGAUGGCUCGCACCUAUAGCAAGGAGGAAUCUGGGACUCUUUCUUCUUCCAAGGCUACUUUCUCCAGGUCAUCCCUUUCAAAUGCUUCUGCUUCUGGUACAUUUGGGUCAGCAACUAAGGGCAUUAAAGACACCUUCAAGAUAAAGUUCAAGAAGAACAAAGAUACAGAAGAGCUGGUAGGGAAGGAGAGCAGAAGUGGGCAGAGGAAUGUGAUGGAAGUGUUCAGAGAAGAGGAGGAAGACACAUUCUCCCAGGACUUCAAAGAGAAGCUCCAUUUGUCAGCAAAGGAGGACGGAGGUGUGCAUCACGAGUCCAUUCUUAACCGUCCGGGUCUAGGCAAUAUUGUUUUUAGAAGGAACAGAAUAUUAAGUCCCGAAGACCUCUCAGACAGCAAGAGGGUGUUGGGAUUUCAGAUGCACAGUGAAUUGCUUCAGAGACAAGGAGCAGCAGAGGCUGAGGAAGCUGAGGCUAACAAAGAGGGAGUGGAAAACAGCCAUGAAGAUGAUUUGCCUUGGGAUGAGGAUGAAGUGGAGUGGGAGGAAGAUGUGGUUGACGCUACUCCUCUGGAAGUAUUUUUGCAGUCCCACCACCUGGAAGAAUUCCUUCCCAUUUUCAUGAGAGAGCAGAUUGAUCUAGAAGCUCUGUUACUUUGCUCUGAUGAGGAUCUUCAGAGUAUACAAAUGCAGCUUGGUCCCAGGAAGAAAGUUCUUAAUGCUAUAAAUGGAAGGAAGCAGGUGCUACAACAGCCUGGGCAACUGAUUGACACCAGUCUCUGA